AUGACUUUUCUUAAAUUACUAACCCAAAAAUCUUUUAAUAAAAUUUUUAACCCCUACUCUCCAACAAUUUUUCAAAAAGCCCAAAUUGGUGGUUGUGCAUGUGAAGAAGAUGUUGAUUAUGCUUUUGAAAUGUCCAGCUCAACUUUACGUUUUGGCAAAGGAGUAACUAAAGAAAUUGGUUUUGAUGUUGUCACUUUUGGAGCUAAAAAUCCGUUAAUUGUAACUGACAAAAAUGUGGCUAAAACUGUUGCUUUUGAAAAUGUUGCAAAUUCAUUAACUAAAUUGGGAAUUGCUUUUGAAGUUUUUGAUGAGAUUAAAUGCGAACCUUCACAACAAAGUUUGUUUUAAAAAUUAUUUUGGGGUUUUUUAUAAAUAUUGAACCUAGGAUUGUUGGUUAUCGGGAAAUCUUCUUCGUCCAGAAGCGAGACGACGAACUUAAGAAUCCCUCGGCUCUUCGGUUUCGAACCGUCAGCUCUUCGGACCUUUUUUGCUAAUUGCCCUCGAGCAAG